UAGUCCCCCAGGAGUCUCGCGCAUGCGCGACUUGGAGCUGGCCAGAGAAGUUGGUCUUUGUCAGGCCCGGGAUGGGGGGCUCCAGGAUGAGGAGGAAACCCACCUGAUCUGAGCUUUCCACAGAGCUCAGGAGGGGACGAGCACCCUAUGCCUGGUGGACAUCGGGGAGGUCCAGACUGAGCGGAGAGCAGAAGCUUGAGGACAUGGAAGAAGAGGUGGUGAUCAUGGAGACGGAUUUGGACGAAGGGCCUGAGAACAGAGCUCUGUCUUCCUACGACUCUCUCCUUACCCAAGAGAAGAGCACUGCAGAGGGAGAGGUGGCAGCUCUUCGACUUUCAGCCAGAUCCCAGGAAACAGUGACAUUCAAGGAUGUGGCCAUGGACUUCACACCAGAGGAAUGGGGGAAACUGGAUCCUGUGCAAAGGAGCGUGAUGCUGGAGAACUACAGGAAUCUCGUCUCACUUUGGCUUCCCAUUCCCAAACCCGAGAACUACAGUUUGGACAAUGGAAAAGAACUAGUGAAGCUUGAGAAAAGAGAACAUAAAUGCAGCCGUUCAGACAUGGAAACUAGACCUGAGAGCAAGGAUUCUCCUUCAUUGCAAGAGUUUUCCAAAGACGAAUCACACCGGGUCACAGUAGUAGACAAACUGAUAAGAAAUAGUGUCUGUGACUCCAACUUGGAAACAACUCUUGAAUGUGGACAUUGGUUAGAGAGUCAACAAGAAAAUCAGGAGAGACACUUGAGAGACAUGUUCACCCACAUGAAUUCACUCCAUGUAGGAAAAGAUUGCAAGCAUGAUAUAUAUUGGAAAAGUUUCAGUCAGAAAUCUCUCCUUGUGACUGAAGACAGAGGUCGUAAAGGAUCCUAUGCCUUUUGUACAAUUGGAAAAAGAUUGAAGCAGAAAUCAAAUUUAAUUAAAAAACAGAGACCCUACAAAGAGAAAAAACCUCAUAAAUGUGAUGAUUGUGGCGAGCUCUUCACUUACCAUUCAGUGCUUAUUCGACACCAGAGAGUGCAUACUGGAGAGAAACCUUACACCUGCAAUGAAUGUGGGAAAUCUUUUAGCCACAGAGCUAAUCUAACUAAACACCAGAGAACUCAUACUAGAAUUCUCUUUGAGUGUAGUGAAUGUAAAAAAACCUUCACAGAAAGUUCAUCUCUUGCAAUACAUCAGAGAAUUCACAUUGGAGAGAGACCUUAUGAAUGCAGUGAAUGUGGAAAAGGUUUUAACCGAAGCACACAUCUUGCACAGCAUCAGUUGAUUCAUAGUGGAGUGAAGCCUUAUGAAUGUAAUGAAUGUGAUAAAGCUUUCAUUCAUUCAUCAGCACUCAUUAAACAUCAAAGAACUCAUACAGGAGAGAAACCCUACAAAUGUCAAGAAUGUGGGAAAGCUUUUAGCCAUUGCUCAUCCCUUACUAAGCACCAGAGAAUUCACACUGGUGAAAAGCCAUAUGAGUGUAGUGAAUGUGGAAAGACUUUUAGUCAGAGUACACACCUUGUUCAGCAUCAGAGAAUUCAUACUGGAGAAAAGCCCUAUGAAUGUAAUGAAUGUGGAAAAACUUUUAGCCGGAGCUCAAAUUUUGCCAAACAUCAAAGAAUUCAUAUUGGGAAGAAACCCUACAAAUGUGGUGAAUGUGGAAAAGCCUUCAUUCAUUCCUCAGCUCUUAUUCAACACCAGAGAACUCAUACUGGAGAGAAACCAUUUAGAUGUCAUGAAUGUGGGAAAAGCUUUAAGUGCAGUUCAUCCCUUAUCAGACAUCAAAGAAUUCACACUAAUGAACAGUCCUGAAAAUGUAUUGAAUGUGAAGAAAUGGAAGUUGGCUUUAUCACUGUGUUUAAUACUUGAGGGUUUAAGUAAGACGUCCAUGAUGUUUUGAUCUUGGGGACCAAUUGUAUAUACAUACAUGUAAUUUCAUUUGCCUUAUACGUACUAUUGAACUACAGAUGGGAUAUCGCUUAUGCAUGCCCAUCUAUUUGAUAAGUAUGAAACUUCUGGCUAUAGCUAUCAAGAAAACUUUUAUUCCUACUUUUUGAAAUACCUGGUUUUGGAAAUUAAAGAAAUGUUUGGGAGAUAUUAAUACUAUAAACAUUGUGAAAUUCAGUUUUUCCCCCAUUCUUGAUCAUAGCAGAAUCUGCUAUAGCAUUUCAUUUAGCAAAGAACACUUUAUUUUGUAGGUUAGGCUGAGGGCUUAUAUUCUUAUCCUCAGUAAGACACAAAGUUAUUACUCUGAACUCAAAGAGAUCUACUAAUAUAUAUGGUAUCAUUUCCUUAGUAAUGAUAGAAUCUUAAAGCUGAGUGUUGAAAGUUGUUUAGGAUUAUAUCCCACACAAAGGGUGCUAUCUAAAUAACUAUAUUUAUAGCAGCUUCUAAGUUCACAUGGAUUAUAUUCGUCAUUGAUUUAGGAAAUUGCUAUUGCUUUGUUUGGAUAUUCAUUUUCCAGUUCCCUGGGAUUCACUGUGACGUGCACAAUGGAUCAGAAUCUUCACUGUACUUGUUUAUCAAGUCCCUCUUUUCUCAUCUUUACAUUGAUUGAAUCCUCAGUUUUCUAUAAUCAAAUCAUUAGGGAGAGUUCAUUCCUAUACACUAUUCAGCUUUCUGUAAACAAUGCUCUGUUACUAUAAAACAAUCCCUAUGUAUAUUGUAGGCCUGAAAAGCUGAUAGGUUCAAUAUAGACUUUUUUUACCUAUGAUCCCAGUCAAGAAGAGAACUGAGAUACUAUGGCAUACUUUCUUGUCAGGUAUUUUAAAAAAAAAGGAGAACAAAACAAAACCCUCACAGGACAAGUGACUUACCUGAGGAUAAUCAGAUUUUCUUUUCACAUAUUUAAUCACAUUAUUUUGUUGUACUUAGUCUCCAUAUGUGAUUUGUUUUUAUAAAGAAAGAAAGUGAACAAGACAUGAAAUCAGAAUAAUCUGUUAUUGUAAGUUAUAUAGGUUACCAAAGUAAGAGGAUUGGAAAUAAAACAAAUGUUCACAUAAAUAUUUAGUAAAACAAUAUGCAAUGUCAUUUAAAAUAGUCUGUUUUGUAAUCCAAGUUAUAUGGAAAAAAGCUAUAGAAAAUUUUAAAAAAUCAGUUUUUUUUUAAACUAGAAUUCUAGUCUCCUUGGUUCUAUCUUCUAGCUCAUACUCUUGCCCUCUCUUUGUGUUAAUUUCCACUAGUAGACCUUGAGUUUUAUGACCAAAGAAAAUUAGAAUAGAAUUUAAAGAAAUAAUCAUAAUGGAAAGCACUGUCAUGAAGAGUGAAUGGAGUAUAAAUCUGCCAGUGGUGGAAAUCACAGGAAAUAAAGGUAAAAUGACUCUUCACAAAGAGGUUUAAAACCAACAGAGAGUCUGAUUGAAAGGGGUAAAGUUUGGUGGAAACAUUUGCGGUUUGAGGUUGGGCUAGGAGAAUGACUGACUCAAGAAAAGGACUAAACUCUUUCCUUACUUUAGUCAAUAUGGCAUAUGUAAGAGUAGGAUUCCACUAAGUAGGCCCUGGACUCUUAACCAAGUCUUGCCACCACUCAUUUCUAUAAAUUAUAUUGGAACUCGGCUACAUUCAUUAGUUUACAUGCUACCUGAUUGCUUUUGUAUGCAACAUCAGAAUUGAGUAACUGCUGCAGAGAUUGCAUCUUCUAUAACCAAAUAUCAUUUUGAAUUUGAGUAGCUUACAAACAAUAGAAAUUUAUAUCUUAGGAUCCAAGGGGAAAAUUAAAGUUAGGUUUGAAACUUUGCACUGGAGAUCAAGAUAGCAACAGAUAUGGGUCUGAUGAAGGGCUACUUCUUCUGUUCAUGAAAGGUACUUCUGUCCUUACGGAGUGAGGUAAGGACUUUAGCCUCUUCAGUUGCUUCUAAGCACAUUGAUCCCCUUCAUGAUCUAAUGACCUCUCAAAAGUCCUACUUAAUACCAUUACACUGGUGAUAAAGUUUCAAUAUUUGAGUUUUGAAAAGUCAUAUUUGUUCCCUUAGAUCAUCCCCUAAAUCCUGUAAUGUUUGUUGUUUGACUCUUUACAGAAAAUGUUUGCUGACUCUGAGCUAGAGCACCCAUGUCAGGGGGUGGAGAAGGAGGAUAAAGCCAGUAGAAAAUCAGGAGUGGGAACAUUAUAAUGAUGGUGAACUGGCUCUUCACUUGGGACUAAAGCCAUUCUAGUUAUCCUUUAGGACAGACUUGUAAGCAGAGCAGGGUGAAUGAAUACAGCCAGUGGGACUACUUGGGAACUCAGUAGUCCUCUUACUCUAGUUGAGUUUUUAAGUUACAGAAUAUUGAAAGCAGUCAGGUAGGGAAAUAAGAGAUGUGAAAUCCUAAUCUUAGGAUUUCACUAUAGUAUUUCAUGAAAACUUUCAGUAUCCCAAAAGCUUGGAUGAAACAAAAUUCAUUUUGGAGGCCAAAAUCUGACUAAUGAAGUAGACUGAUGACCUGGAAUUUUCAAAGUUGAGUUUGAUUUCUUCCACUCUUAUCAAAUACGUGACCUUGAAAAACUAUGUAAGUAGAAAAUGACAGUACUUAUAAAGAAACUGGUGUAACGAAGAGACCAUACAGACAGCCCCACCAUCCAUUGCCUCUGACUUGCUCACGCCCUCUCAGUCUCUACCAUUCUCACUAUAAAUAUGUAUCAUUUAUUCUAUAUUUAAAAAAAUAAAUUUUUAAAUGAAGUAAAUAUCAGAAUAAAUUACUUGAGUUUGUCUUGUCCACCUUUGGUUUACAGAUUUAGACUUGUGAACAUAAUUGCUUUCUGGCCUCUUAAAAAUUGAGCUACAUCUCUCUGGUUUUGCUUCCAUUGAUAUGGUUUCUUAGACAUUUUAUUUUUUUUAAGACUUUGUGGAACCUACUGACUUUUCCUUCCGAGUAGCACUUACAGAAGUUAUAUGAUGGUUUGAGAACUCAAGUUUGUAACCAGAAUGCAGCUUAAAGCACACUAAAGUAUGUGCUUUACAUUAGCUUCAUGGGAAACUUUGACCCUUUGCAUUUCAGUAUUUGUUCUUUUUAUGCCUAAUUUACAACCUGUGUGUUUGUAUGUAUUCUAAUAUGAAUCUUGAAAGUUUUAAUUAUUUGCCUUUUGAAUGUUUUGGUACCUAUGAACAAAAUUUGACUGCUCUAAUGGCCUACUACCA